AUGGGCAAGAAGAAGCGUGCCACGCAGCUGGAUGCGUGGUGCUGGUACUGCGACCGCGAAUUUGAGGAUGAAAAGGUAUUGAUCCAGCACCAGAAAGCGAAGCAUUUCAAGUGCCCGCUGUGCCCACGCAGGCUGAACACGGCGGGUGGGUUGUCGGUGCACCUAGGACAAGUCCAUAAAGCCGAGCCAGGAUUACUCGAUAAUACCCUUCCGGGUCGUGGCUCGUUCGAGAUUGAAAUAUAUGGCAUGGUCGGUGUGCCGGAGCCAGACUUGCGCGACUGGCUUUUGCGUCGGAGUGGGACACGAGUAGGAGGUGCGCAGGCUCAUGGCGCUGCGUCAAAUGCGCGCAAACUACCGCGCAUCGACAAAGGGCCCGUGCCACAGGAGAAACUAAGGAUCCAGCUAGAGGCACACAAGGCACUCAUGAGCGGCGCGCCAAAUACAGCAGCACCUGUAUCCUAUGCGCCCGUGUCGUAUUCGCCAGCACAGGAGCAGGCACACGCAACACCGCCUCGCACGGACGCGAACACAGCGCCGGGCAAGCACGCCAAAGUGCGCAUGGCAUAUACGGACGCUGUACUCAGUCCAGACGAAAAAAUGGCGCGGCUGCCGCGCUAUAGUGUGCGUGCGUAA